CAAUGAUGUCCUCAAAAUAUUUAAGAUAUAGGCAUUUAAUAACCUUCAUUACAUCCAAUUGUGUUGUAUUACCUAUGUUUUAUACAACACGUGAUAUCCGAGGGCUUCCGUGACAAGACAAAUAAUAACAAGGAUUUUAACUUUUGGGAACUAAAUUCUCUCAGGAUAAAUAAUUGCAUAUAUUGGACAACUACCCAGCAGCAGGGAUUUUGAUUGGUCGAUGUAGAAAAAUUAGAGACAUUAGUUAUGCCUGGCGCUGGAGCUUUUUUGCACAGUGGCAAAGUGACCCUAGAGCGUGUGAUCGGUCUUACGGUCAGCACCAAUGCGACCUUGACCUGUGACCUCAACACUGGGACCAUCGCUUAUCCUGCAGGAUGUGUGGUGGUCAUAUUUAAUCCCCGAAGCAACAAGCAGUCCUACAUAUUCAACACCUGCAGGAAAACCAUCACAGCAGUAGCUUUUUCUCAUGACGGCAAGCACCUUGUUACUGGGGAGUGUGGUAACCAGCCGGCUGUGCGAGUCUGGGAUGUGGCCGAGAAAACACAGGUGGCCGAAUUCCACGGACACAAGUUUGGAAUUGUCUGUGUUAAAUUCUCCCCCGCUGAAAAUUACGUGGUGUCGAUUGGAUCAGAACAUGACAAGAUGGUUAAUGUCUGGAACUGGAAGAAAAAGAUCCAAGUAGCAUCCAAUAAAAUCAUUAGCAAGGUGAAUUCCAUGGCUUUUUCAAAAGAUGGCUCCAUAUUAGUGACUGUUGGUCACCGUCAUGUAAAGUUUUGGUAUUUAAAGGACACUAAAUCAAAGAUCAAUCAGACGGUGCCUCUGCAAGGAAGUAGUGGAAUCCUUCGCUCCCACCUAGACAACUUUUACUGUGACGUCAGCUGUGGUCACGCGGUGUACACCAUAACUCAGUCUGGCCUUCUGUGUCAGUUCAACGAGAAACGAGAGCUGGAAAAGUUUGUGGAAGUGCAAGCAACCGCUGCAUAUUGCAUCUCGGCUGGUAAGGACUACAUAUAUGUUGGUUGUGCUAACGGUGUUGUCCGGAUGUUUGAUGCCAAUCUGCAGUAUGUAGCUACGAUGCCACACCCACAUUGGCUGGGAGUCGAUGUUGCUUUACCUCCUAAUCACAGUCACCUGACUUUUCAAACAGAGGAUGCUAGAUUCCCUGACACCAUUGCCAUCAGCUAUGACGAUGUACACCGAAAGGUGGCCUGUGUAUACAAAGACCAUAGUUUAUAUGUGUGGGACGUUCAUGAUGUUAUGAAAGUCGGCAAGAUUUGUUCAUUUUUGUACCACAGCAGUGGUAUCUGGGGCCUGGAGAUGAAUCCUGGUACAACAAAGGAAGUAAGGCCAAUUUUACAAUCCGGGUCAUUUAUGACGUGUUCCUCGGACGACACCAUUAGAAUCUGGAAUCUGGAUCCACACAUGGUCGAAACUGAGUGUAGUAAACGGAAUGUCUACUCUAAUGAAAUGCUGAAAAUUGUUUAUGUGGAUCCAAUGCAUACAUUUCUGAGGGAUGUUCCUCGCAAACCAGCAGACGAAGGUAAAUCUGGAAUGCGAUGCAUCGGAAUAAGUGCUGAUGGGCGCCAUCUUGCUUCCGGGGAUAGAAUUGGAAAUAUCAGGGUGCAUGAUUUAACAAAUAUGGAGGAAAUAAUUAAAAUAGAAGCUCACGACCAAGAAAUUCUUUGUGUCCAAUACUCAAAUCUAAUUGCAGGUCCCAAGCUGAUGGCGUCUGGUAGUAGAGAUCGUCUCAUUCACGUCUUUAACGUGGAUCAGAGUUACAAUUUGAUGCAAACCCUUGCUGACCAUUCCAGCUCUGUUACUGCCAUCAAAUUCACGGAGAACGAAGAAAAAAUUAAGCUGCUUAGUUCCAGUACAGACAAAUCUGUUCUCUUCCGAGAGGCACACAAGACUCCAGAGUGUCAGUUUGAAAUUUCUAAACAACAGCAUGUCGUAGUCACCAAUACAUUGUAUGACAUAGAUAUCGAACCCACACAAAAACAUAUGGCAACUGCAUGUCAAGACCGAAACAUAAGGGUAUACAACAUUGAGUCAGGGAAGCAAACGCAGUGUUACAAAGGAGCAGUUGGAACUGAAGGAGUGCUACUAAAGCUUCAUAUAGACCCGUCCGGUCAGUACGUGGUUACUUGUUGUUUAGACAAAAGUCUGUGUCUACUGGACUUCAAGUCGGGCGAAAUUUUGGCCACCAUGAUCGGCCAUUCGGAGAAAAUCAAUGGCGUGAAGUUCAUGCCGGACCUGAAACGUCUGGUAUCGGUGUCCAGCGACGGCUGUAUCUUUGUCUGGAGGCUGCCCCCCGAACUGACCGAGUCCAUGCGAGGCCGCUUGGAGGAGUUGGGGAGACUUCCUUUUGAGGCCAUCAAAGGGGAGAUCAACAGGAACCAGGGAUCAAGCUGGUGUCGGACUUACCAGAUUGCUGAUCCCGCCCCUCUCUCGCUAGAAAAAGUUCUGGAGGAAGCUGUUAGGAGACCCGGUAAAGAGAUGGAUACAGCCAAGAUCCAGGAAGAGCUAGAGCCCCAGGUACAUGAAGAGUCACCUGGUAUCCAGACAGAAGUACAGGCUCCCAGAAAGGAGGAACUACCAGACUUCAACAGCACGAUAACAGGAUUACCCGACUGGGUACAGGCGAAGAUGGGCAGGGAUAUCUCUACUUCAAGGGAAUCUGAUCACCAUCCGCAGCCGCCCUCUGGUCGUUGGGCUGUAAAUAAUGACAGUUUAAAGUCAUGGAUAAGCGGUAGAAAGGGUCCUUGUGUGGAGGGCGAGCCUCGAGGUUAUUACAAGCCGCCCGGCGAGGAAACCUUGUCUGUGGAGGAUGUUGAGAAUGAUGUGAAGCAAGUGGAGAAUCCAGAAGAUUCCACCGUCUCCGGGAAUGACCCCUCAGUCGAACCGAUAGACACAGAUACGGAAGAGGGAAAGUCAGAAAAUGAAGAAAGUCUGACUUCCAUAAAUCCGCGAGUGAGCCUCUCCUCCAAGUUUUGGUCUAAGUCACAACUAGAAAACAUCAGUAAAAUGACAAUGCAGAUCUGUAUGCAGCAGCAAGACUUGCUUAAUAUCAAACAAGACAAAAUGCAAGAAAACCUCACCCAGGAAAAUGAAGAAACCAAAGAGUCUUCAUCUGGAACGAAGGAGAAGGAAAUCAUGCUUGACCUGCCAUGCAUCUUUCCUCAAGAGAUUUCCUCACUUUCAGGACAUCAACCAAAUGUAGCUUCAGAGAAAAACUUGGAAGAUAUCCAAAAAGAAAAGGAAGAUUGCACUCUUACACAAGGUAUCCAAGAAGGAGAUGACAGUUCUUUAAGGCGGGAAAUGGUGAAUACACUUAAGGAAUUACUUGAAGCCACAAGACAGAAUGGACGUCUGUUGAUGACGUUAGACUCCAGUAUUAAGAAAAAUACGAUGGUAUUACAAAACUUAGUUGACUUAAACAGGGCAAAACGGAGAGAGGAGGAGAGUUGUUGAAAAACUAACUUUUCGCAGGUCAACCGACAAGGAAAGAGAAACCCAUAUUUAUCUCAAGUCACGAAUCAGAUAUAGAAGGCAAUAACACAUCUCCUUUCUUAAAAAAAGAUAUAAGUAUAAUAAAUAUAAUAUAAUUAUUUAAUUAAAGAUGGGAAUUAU